GAGUUUCUCUCAGAUCUGAAUGAUGUGAUUGUGUUGAUGUGUGUUGAUGGAGACGAUUGAAGUGAAUGUGGUUUGAUUUCAGUCUCAAGCUGAGCACACAGAGCGUCAGAUUAAACAGCAGUUUGAGAAGCUUCAUCAGUUUCUCAGAGAUGAAGAAGAAGCUACAAUCACUGCACUGAGAGAGGAAGAGGAGCAGAAGAAGCAGAUGAUGAAGGAGAAGCUGGAGGAGAUGAACAGACACAUCUCAGCUCUUUCACACACAAUCAAAGACACGGAGGAGAAGAUGAGAGCCAGUGACGUCUGCUUUCUGAAGGAGUUUCCAGUCUCGAUGGAAAGAGUCCAGAUCUCAUCACAGCCGGAUCCACAGACUCCUUCUGGAGCUUUGAUUCAUGUGCCACGUUACUUGGGGAACCUGUCCUUCAGAGUCUGGAAGAAGAUGCAGGACAUCGUCCAGAACACUCCUGUGAUUCUGGAUCCAAACACGGCUCAUCCUCGUCUCGUUCUGUCUGAUGAUCUGACCAGUGUGAGAUACAGCGGUAAUCAAUCCCUUCCUGAUAAUCCAGAGAGAUUUGAUUCUCAUCGCUGUGUUCUGGGUUCAAAGGGUUUUAACUCAGGAACACACUGCUGGGAUGUGGAGCUUAAACAGAGUUCAGACUGGAUUCUUGGAGUAACUACAGCAUCAAACCAGAGGAAGGGAUGGGAUUUCUAUAAGACUGGUGUCUGGAGUGUGUGGUAUGGAGUGUCUCCAGGUUCUGGUUUUCAUGUUGAACGUAAUCUUGAUCGUGUGAGAGUGAAUCUGGACUAUGAGAGAGGAACAGUGUCAUUCUCUGAUCCUGUAACUAACACACAUCUACACACAUUCACAACCUCCUUCACUCACAAACUCUUUCCUUUCUUCUGGUGUUAUCAUUCCUCUCUGAGGAUCUUAUCGAUCAAUAGUCAGUAAUCUGUAGCUCUGGAUCUUCCUGCUUUCAUCUUUGAUUAUGUCUCAAUA